AUGGCUUCAAGCUUAGUCAUUCUACUCGUCCCUCUCCUCCUUCUACCACUUCUCCGAGCCUCCCUCGCUGGUGAAAUCGCCAUCUACUGGGGCCAGAACGGCUUCGAGGCAACCCUAUCCCAGACCUGCGACACUGGCCGCUUCGCCUACGUCAACAUCGCCUUUCUCUACAUUUUCGGCAACGGUCAGGUCCCCAGGAUCAACCUUGCCGGCCACUGCGACCCCGCCGGCGGCGGCUGCAGAGCCAUCAGCGACGAAAUCCGGCACUGCCAGAAGCUCGGCGUCAAGGUCAUGCUCUCCAUCGGCGGCGGUGUCGGCAGCUAUACUCUCGCUUCUAAAGCAGACGCCAAAAACGUCUCAAGUUACUUGUGGAAUACCUUCCUUGGUGGGAGCUCGACGAAUCGACCUCUGGGCCAAGCGGUUUUGGAUGGUAUUGAUUUCGACAUCGAGGGCGGGUCGACCCAGUACUACGACGACUUGGCAAGAUACCUGGCAGCGUAUAGCCGCCCGGGGAGGAAAGUGUACUUGACGGCGGCGCCGCAAUGUCCCUUUCCCGACCAACAUUUAGGGGCGGCGCUGAACACCGGCCUUUUCGACUACGUUUGGGUCCAGUUUUACAACAACCAACCUUGCCAGUACGCUUCAGGAAACUUCAAUAAUCUUGUAAAUUCAUGGAAUCGUUGGACGACGUCGGUGAACGCCGGAAAGAUAUUCUUGGGACUGCCGGCGGCGCCGCAAGCAGCCGGAAGUGGGUUUAUUCCGACGAACGUGCUGGUGUCGAAGAUCUUGCCGGUGAUAAAGAAGUCACCCAAGUACGGUGGUGUAAUGUUCUGGUCCAAGUACUGGGAUGAACAGACUGGUACACCACUGCCAUCAAGAGCAGUGUUUAAUUAA